CCUAAAAUCUCAGCAACAAAACAGAAGGAGUAGACACGCCAGUAAAUAGAUCACUAUCGCAACACGGCAUAUUGGAAAUAACACGCCUUGACCGUAAGACAAAUGAUGAAGAAAAAAAUACAUUAUUUUUCAAAACGGCCAUCGCUGGUAGCGAACAACACACUCGGAUAGCGGUAGCUGUGACAAAAAGCUCUGCCCAGCUGAUACCUCCCAGCAUGCUUUGGGACUGAGGAAGAGGAGGAGGAGGAGAGGAAGGCUCGGCUCUACAGGAAGGAGGCCACCUGCACAAGUAGAGGAGAGGAGGCGCAAGGAGGUGGAGAGGAGGGGAGGAGGGCGUGUGUGUAUGUGUAGCCAUGGGGAACACUGCCACCAAGUUUCGCAAGGCCCUGAUCAACGGGGAUGAGCUGCUGGCCUACCAACUGUAUGAGAGCAACCCCCAGUUCAAGGAGGCCAUGGACCCCAACACCUCCUACGGGGAGCAGUACCAACACAACACCCCCCUGCACUAUGCGGCGCGCCACGCCAUGACACGCCUACUCAGGUCCUUCCUCUUCAGCAAGGACGGCAACCCCAACAAGCGCAACGUCCACAACGAGACGGCGCUGCACCUGCUCUGCAUGGGCCCCAGCAUCCUGCUGGAGGAGGCGGCGCUGCACCCGCGCCUCAGCCGGCCCUACGAGGACCAGCGCGGCCGCGCCGAGUGCCUGCAGCUCAUCCUCAAGUGGACCGGCGCCAAGCUGGACGCCAGCCAGUACGAGAGCGCCGACGUCAACGCCGCCGACAACAAGGGCAACAGCCCCCUGCACUACGCCUCCGCCUCGGGCAUGCGCACCUGCGUCGAGAUCCUGGUGCGCAGGGAGGCCAACCUGUUUGCGGAGAAUGAGGACCGCGAGACGCCGUGUGACUGUGCGGAGCGUCAGCAGCAUAAGGAGCUGGCUCUCAGCCUGGAGUCCCAGAUGGUCUUCUCCCGAGACCCCCACGCCGAAGACAUCGAGGCAGAGUACGCCGCCCUGGACCGCAGAGAGCUGUUUGAGGGUCUGCGGCCGCAGGACUUGAGGCGUCUGAAGGACAUGCUGAUUGUAGAGACGGCCGACAUGCUCCAGGCUCCGCUCUUCACAGCUGAGGCCCUGCUACGAGCACACGACUGGGACAGGGAGAAGCUUCUGGAGGCCUGGAUGUCCAACGCUGAGGAGUGCUGCCAGCGUUCAGGAGUGCAGAUGCCCACACCGCCUCCCAGUGGACAGAACAACUGGGACACGCUGCCGUCGCCACGGACACCACGGAACACCCGCUCAACCGUCACCUCUCCUGACGAGAUCAGCCUGACGCCGGGGGACAACGGUGCUGUACAGUGUGGGAUAUGUAUGUGUGGCAUCUCCAUGUUUGAGGAACCCGUGGACAUGCCGUGCUCUCACAUGUUCUGCAGAGGAUGCUGGGAAGGGUUUUUGAACUUGAAGAUCCAGGAGGGGGAUGCGCACAACAUCUUCUGUCCGGCAUACGAGUGUUUCCAGCUGGUCCCCGUGGAGGUCAUCGAGGGGGUGGUCUCCAGAGAGAUGGAUAAGCGCUACCUGCAGUUUGACAUCAAGGCGUUUGUGGAGAACAACCCCGCCAUCCGCUGGUGCCCGUGGGCCGGGUGCGACCGGGCGGUGCGCCUCUCCAUCCAGGGCCCCGCUGCCAGCACUGCCAACCCCUUCAACUGCCCGCUGCUGCAGGCGCCCGCCGUGGACUGCGGACGAGGACACCUCUUCUGCUGGGAGUGCCAGGGAGAGGCCCAUGAGCCGUGCGAUUGCCAAACGUGGAAAAUGUGGCUCCAGAAGGUCAACCAAAUGAGGCCAGAAGAAUUGGCCGGUGUGAGUGAGGCCUAUGAGGAUGCUGCUAACUGCCUGUGGUUGCUAAGCAACGCUAAACCCUGUGCCAACUGCAAGUCUCCCAUCCAGAAGAAUGAGGGCUGCAACCACAUGCAGUGUGCCAAGUGUAAGUAUGACUUCUGCUGGAUCUGCCUGGAGGAGUGGAAGAAGCACAGCUCCUCUACUGGGGGCUACUACCGCUGCACGCGCUACGAACAGAUACAGCAGGUGGAGGAGCAGAGCAAAGAGAUGACUACGGAGGCAGAGAAGAAGCACAAGAACUAUCAGGAACUCGACCGGUUCAUGCACUACUAUUCUCGCUUUAAGAACCACGAGCACAGCUACCAGCUAGAGCAACGUCUGUUGAAAACAGCCAAAGACAAGAUGGAACAGCUGAGCAAAGUCCUAAUUGCACGUCAAGGAGAGGCACCGGAUACGACCUUCAUAGAGGACGCGGUGCAGGAGCUGCUGAAGACUCGGCGCAUCCUCAAGUGGUCGUACCCCUACGGCUUCUUCCUGGAGCCCAAGAGCACCAAGAAGGAGAUCUUUGAACUCAUGCAGACGGACCUGGAGAUGGUGACUGAGGACCUGGCUCAGAAGGUGAACCGGCCGUACCUGCGAACGCCACGCCUGCGAAUCAUCCGCGCCGCCUGCCAGGUGCAGCAGAAGCGGCAGGAGUUCCUGGCCUCGGUAGCCAGGGGUGUGGCACCCAACGACUCCCCAGACGCCCCCCGGAGAAGCUUUGCUGGAGGCACGUGGGACUGGGAGUAUUUAGGCUUCGCAUCUCCUGAGGAGUAUGCAGAGUUCCAGUACCGGAGGAGACACCGCGGGCGUCGUCGAGGAGAUGUGUCCAGCCUGCGUAGCAACACCCCUGAACCUGAUGAUGUCAGCGAGGGCAACCUAGACCCUCAUGAGCUGAUGGGUAGCCACCGAGGCCUGCCCAUGCUGCAGGGCUCCCUGGAGGAGGACGACCCCCACCUGCUGCACGCCAUCCAGCUGUCCCUGCAGGAGGUCAGCCGAGCCCGCCGCCUCGGUGACGCCGACGGUGGCAGUGGAGGUGGCAUUAGCGGCAGCAGUGGCGGCGGCAGCAGUGGCGGCGGCAUUAGUGUCGACGUCGGUGGCAUCGGCGGUGUUGGUGACGCGCCGGAGCUCCUGCUGCACAACGUGUCGUCCCUGGGGGCCAUCGGCAGCUCGCUGCCCUCCCGUCUGGACUCGCUGCGGCGGGGGCCGGUGGUGCCCGAGACGCCCCGGGCGGCACACAGCAGCUCCGAGCUGUUGGAGCUGGAGAACAGCCUGCUGAAGCUCACCUCCAUGACGGCCAUCCCGUACCCCCACUACCCCCCGCCGCCGCCGCGCCACGCGCCCCCCACGCGCCACGCCUACCCGCACGCCCACCACCCCACCCCCGUGGAGGACCCGCUCAACUUCCACCCCAAGCCCAAGGCGGCCCGCAGCCUGGCGCAGCGCAGCGCCAACCGCAACAACGCCUCCAGCGUCGCUAGCAGCACCAGCACCAUCGCCACCGUUACCACGGCGACGGAGGCUCCCAGCUCGGCAGCGGCGGCGGAUCGCGCCAGCAACAACAACAUCAACGAGAACGACGACCCUGACGACGAGAACCUCAUGGGCAACAUCAUGGCGUGGUUCCACGACAUGAACACGCAGAACCUGGCGGCGCACCAUGUGCCACCUCCGCUCUGCUCCUCUUCCAUGUCCUCCUCCUCCACCACCGCCAUCUCCUCCUCCUCUGGCGCACCUCCUCCUGGCGUCGUCCUGCCCCCGCAGCACCCCGGCCUCCACACCUCCCUGCCCACCCUCCCCACGCGCUCUCCUCAGGUGGAGCCGCGCUUCCACAUUUGGCCUGAAGAGGGCGGUGUCGGUGGUGGUGGUGGUGGUUCGGGGUCUGACCGCUAUCAGCAGUUCUCCAGCAUGGACAGUAGUGGAGGAGGAGGAGAGGUGGUGGUAGGGGUGUCCCCUGCUGUCACCAGGCCCACUCAGCUGCACCUGGUUGGGCUUGACCCUCUCGGCCUCCCCCAUUCCCCCGGGUCAUCGCUGCGGGCCAGUAGGAAGAACAGUGACGCCACCACCACCACCAACACCAACACCAACCCUGCGUCUGUGAGCAACCCCACCAUCUCUCACUCUCAGUCGGACGCCUCCAAGUUUGACUCGGACCCAGACCCGGAUCCGGAUCCGGACCAGCCCAGCACCAGCUCCUCCGAGUGGGAGGGACAGGUGCACCUUGUUUGAUGUCAAAGGACAAAGGAAUAAAAGCCUUCCUUUGUGUACUGAACCAUUUCCAAUUUUUGGAAGAGAAAAAGAACACUAAUCAAAGGACCACACGGUUUCAGGAGUGAUAAGAACUAUUGUAGCCAUGAUGAACAGAGAAAAAAAAAGCAUUUGUGGGUGUUUCACCUGACACAGAAAAAAAACAACUAAAAAACGCUGGACCUUUUUACUUCUUUCACUGUUUGUGCACAGCUUUCUCAUUCAACACUAAAGCACUUAAAAAUGAAGGUGUCGUCACAUGGACCAGAGAUGAGGCGGGUAUUCAGGCAGUGAGAGAACUUCAGAGGUGGACAUCUCGUUUUUAAAGCAUUAAAAUGUCCACACGUAGACUGUGACGUAAAAAAAAAAAAAUUCUGUGGUGUCAUUUUAAAUCCGUGCCUCAAAUAUACAGUGUGUAUGGCCAUAGGGCCCCUCUGUUGCCCUGGGCUGGAUGAGCCAAAUGGGGCUUGUAGUAGUCCAGAGGUAACCUGGCUCCCGCCAGAUCUGUGUAUUCCUGCACUGCUCCACAAACUCCACUCACAGACCUGGGAGCAGCUCCCUAUUCGGUAAGGUCAGCCAGCCUGGAAGAUGACGAACCAAUCAGAAUCCGCCGAGUGGCAUUGAUUCUGUCAUUUCUAUUGUAUUGUUGAAUCUGUGAGUGGGUUGAAGUAGCAUGUCCUUACGAAUGACAGACCAGUGAUUUCUCUAAUCACGUGCAAGGAUUUCUUCAUAAUGCCACCGGACAGGUAAUCCGUACGGUGAUUGGUCCAGAUUCAAGAGAUUCGAAAUCCUUUCUAUUCGUCCUGAGGAAAAUUUGUCUUGGACAUAGUACAUAUAGCUGCCGCAUAACACAAAACACAUGACGCCAAAAAAAAAAGAGUGUGUGUGGAGCAAGGCGGGAGUACGUCCAUCUGGCGAGAGCUGGGUUAGUCCAGAGGGGCUGGAGAUGGAUGUCGGAUAGAUGGAGGAAACUCAGGCUCUCUCGCUCUUUCUCUCUCAAGUUUUCACCACAAAGUGUGCCAUUCAUGUUUUGAAAACCGGCGCACACUCCUGUGAACUUCAGGUCUGGUUAGGUGAAAUUGGAAUGUCCAGUAGGAGUAAACGAUUGAAGACAAACCAAGCAAGCCAUUGGAAACGGCCACUAAUCAGCUGUGAAAAUGGCAUACGGUUUUGUUGUUGUUGUGUUAUUGGAUAUUGGGAUUCCCGAAAGGAGAACCAAAACAGGAGAAGCAAAACAGAGAUGCCAAUUGAAGCUUGGCUUGCAUUUUGUAAGUUGUGUGUCAUUACCUAGCUAGACUUGUGAAGUGGAAAAGCACUACGUAUAAGUUCCUGGUUGCCUGUGGUUGCAAAUAGGGCGUGAGUUAAUGCAGGAUGUACAGUUGUGUGCAGGAUAAAGACAUUCUGGAUUCA